AUGCAUUCCUUCAUUCCUGCAUUCAUCGCUCUUCUCAGCCUUUCCCCGAGCCUCAGCUCAGCUGCGCCGGGCCAUCGUCCUCCUCAUCACGGCGGCGGCGGUAAGAAAAGUCCUUCCUGCCUCACAGAUGCCGAAGCGCUCGACAUCUCCACCCGCUGGCUCUCCAUCUUCUCCAGCAACAACAACAUCACCAGCAUCGCCCAACUCGGCAAGAUUGUGGCCAAGAACAUCACCAGCGCAGACGACACCUUUGGCCCGCCUACGCAAGGCAUCGACUCGCUUUACGCCGACAUUUCUCCCAGCGGCCCCAACCCCGUCAACAACGUCCUCCAGACUCCGCUGUUUUUGCUGCAUUCCUGCAAUCAGAUUGGGCUGAGAUGGCAGUAUACUGGCACGACUACUGGUUAUGACUCGUGA